GUAAUGGCUAUGCAGAUGCAACUUGAAGCAAAUGCAGAUACUUCAGUGGAAGAAGAGAACUUUGGCCCGCAACCUAUUUCACGAUUAGAGAGCUGGAUUGUCAGAAACUAAGAAAAGCCCUAAGACCAUGCAAUGUGGCAUAAGUGCCAAUGAUGUGAAGAAAUUGGAAGAAGCUGGAUUCCAUACUGUGGAGGCUGUUGCCUAUGCACCAAAGAAGGAACUGAUAAAUAUUAAGGGGAUUAGUGAAGCCAAAGCCGAUAAAAUUCUGACUGAGGCAGCUAAAUUAGUUCCAAUGGGUUUCACCACUGCAACUGAGUUCCACCAAAGGCGAUCAGAGAUCAUACAGAUUACAACUGGCUCCAAGGAGCUCGACAAACUACUUCAAGGAGGAAUUGAGACUGGAUCCAUCACAGAGAUGUUUGGAGAAUUCCGAACUGGGAAGACACAAAUAUGUCAUACUUUGGCUGUAACUUGCCAGCUUCCCAUUGACCGAGGUGGAGGUGAAGGAAAGGCCAUGUACAUUGACACCGAGGGUACCUUUAGGCCAGAACGGCUACUAGCAGUAGCUGAGAGAUAUGGUCUCUCUGGUAGUGAUGUCCUAGAUAAUGUAGCAUAUGCUCGUGGGUUCAACACAGACCACCAGACCCAGCUGCUUUAUCAAGCAUCAGCUAUGAUGGUAGAGUCCAGGUAUGCACUGCUGAUUGUAGACAGUGCCACUGCCCUCUACAGAACAGACUAUUCUGGUCGAGGUGAACUUUCAGCCAGGCAGAUGCACUUGGCCAGGUUUCUGCGGAUGCUUCUGCGACUUGCUGAUGAGUUUGGUGUAGCAGUGGUAAUCACCAACCAGGUGGUAGCCCAAGUGGAUGGAGCAGCCAUGUUUGCUGCAGAUCCUAAAAAACCUAUUGGAGGAAAUAUCAUUGCUCAUGCCUCAACAACCAGACUGUACCUGAGAAAAGGAAGAGGGGAAACCAGAAUCUGCAAAAUCUAUGAUUCGCCCUGUCUUCCGGAAGCUGAAGCUAUGUUUGCCAUCAAUGCGGAUGGAGUGGGAGAUGCCAAAGACUGAAUCAUUGGGUUUUUUCCUGUGGUAAACCUUCAUGCUGCAACCUAAUGGAGAAGACUACUCCCUGGCGUUCUUUGCAGGCCUCUUCCUGUUGUGACUG